AUGUAUUUAUACACAAAUAGCAUUUUUAAAGACUUAAUACUAGGAAUUUGAAAUAACGAAUGGAAGAUAACUAUAUAUAUACUUCUGGAAUUUCAUGAGCCAAGUAGUUGGGGGAUAAUAUUUGUGAGGAUUCGGUACUUGACAACACACAUCCUGUCGAAUCUCUUUAGAGGUGGCAAGUAAUGAAUCCCUUAGCAAAUUAGAUAAAAGGGUGAAUUUUUUACUUAUAACAUGUAUAUAUAAUGAUCAGGUCUUAACCAUAAAAAACUUAGAUUACAAGAGAUCCCAAUAAUACAUGACAUUUAAAACCUAAAAUGGAUCACUCCAUCAUUUUAUAACUUACAAGAAUAUUAGGUUUAAGCAUUUAAACUGUUUUUAUAAAGUCAAAAGCCAACUAUCAAUAGAAGAAAAUUCUAACAUCAUAGUCUCGGGGAAUUUGAUAUGCAAUAUCUUGCAACUGUUGUGUAUUCUUCUGCCAUGCUGGACUCUCAACUUAUGAUUUUGUCUAACAUUACAUUGGAUUGUGUCAAACAGGGAUUUCCAGCAGUUGUUUGAACAGCUAAAAGGCUGAGUUUGCCAACUAGCUCCGAUUUCUAUGGAUAAAGGUCUUGCUAAUGAAGAGACUGUUAAUUUGCGAAACGGAGUCGAAUUGGCCACAUCAGUCUCUGAUAAACAUGUUAAUCUUUUGAGGCCAAGUGUACCAAGUUAUCCAAUUUUUAGAGCUCAAGCGCCAGAUGACACAGAGCAAGAAAAGGGAAAAUAUUAUUUGAUUAGAGAUCCAGAGGACUUGCAAAUUGGACUUUAUGACAAACCCCUUCCAUGUUUUGGCUGCGGAAUUGGAUGGUUCUCAUUCCUUUUAGGAUUUGUAUGUCCACCUCUGUGGUACUUUGCAACAAUUCUCUAUUUCAGAAAUUACUAUCGAAAGGAUCCUAGGGAAAGGGCUGGUCUUGGAGCCUCCGCAAUUACAGCAUUAUUGUGCACCGUAGCAUUGCUAAUCAUAGCAGCUAUUCUUCUGUUGCGGUCCCUUUAAUUCUUGGGCUGAAAUUGAGAAGCAAAACAAGAAGUGGCAUCACAAACAAUUCCACUUGUAUAUAUGAGUUUCCAAAAAUCUGAAAUGAAAAUCACAUCCUUAUUAUUAAUCACAUUUAUGUAUUAAAUAUCAAAGCAUGUACAUCAGAAAUCACACGGUAACAGGGUGCAUUUGAAAGCUAAAUACCAGGAUAGGAAUGUUCGGAGUCAAAUUCUGAAAUGUAUCACACAUUAUUAAUCACAAUUCUCUCUUAUUCCUUUUGGACCACUGUUUUGAUCUGACUUAGUUAGGAAAUACUUUUGCAAAAUAAAAAUUUAUGCUACUUUUUUGUA